AUUUGUGCUAGUGUCGUUUUUUCAUUCCCCGACUGUUCAUAUCCAGUUGCACUUCAACUUGGCUUUGUCCUAACUCACCACAACACAGGUAAGUGAGGUGAGGCCGACAAAAAUAUACUACGAUUUCCGACACAUUGAUUAUGUAACGCACCUUGUAUCAUUACCGUUUCAUGUUUGGCGGAAAAUAGGGCAGAGUAGCUUUCAUUAAUUCUAAAAGAAUGAAGCGUCCUCGCAAGGUAUUAGGGACCUUAAGAUCCGACGACGGCGACGGCAACGAGGACGUCAAAAAAGCAAUAGGUUUAAUAACCAAAACAACAAUUUUGCACGUGCAUCACACUUUUUUGUACAUUUCUUUGCCGUCACUGCACGACUACGACGUAGUUGCAGCCGGCCCACGCACUCGUCUAAACCAUAUAGAAGGUUUAGAGCGUCUACGACGUGAAAAUGCCUAAUUUCAGUCUUUACAGAGGAAGUACACAAGCGACGACGAAAUUUCCUCUCUAUUUCUGAACUUGGAUAUGGUUCUUAGGAAUUCAAUUUUAGGAGGGUUCACCUACAUUUGACAAAGUUAGUGACUUGGAGUAAUCGCAAUGAAGAUUGAAAGAAGGCGAAUUCACUUUUUCAGAGACUUUUUCGUUGCCGUCGCCGUCCUCGGAUCUUAAGGUUCCUAUUAUUCGCCAUGGAACUUGAGUACAAACAUUAACCACAAGGGACUGCAAAGGACCGCAAACAAAUAUGCCGAAGAACGUAUGAUCUAUAAAGACCUGAUCAGCAAAAAUAAUAAUGUAGACAUAUUAAAUUCUGCAAGCAGAAUACUGCAAUGCUGAUAGUACUACGUGAUAAUUAACUCUGCAAUACAUCAACACGACACCGAAAGAACCCAAAACAGCUCUCUAUCGCUACAAUCACGCUCUGCGAUGGAACUUGAGGCAUGAAUUACUUGUGAAUGAUAAAAGAACAGUCUAGCUUCCUGCCCAACAAACAUGUCUCCCAAGUAUUAUACAAAACGAUUCAAACACAAAAAAAAUGAACUUUGAAAAACUGCUAGCGUAACUGAGAAGUUUUCCAAAACGACAAUUGCAAUCCGUUUUAAUCUUCCAGUUUAAGUUUGUCCAUCCAUGCGUUCUAUCUGCUGUGUUACAUAUACCUUCUUGUAAUGUCUUGAACGGUUAUUUUUACGUUUCACUCAGUUUGGUGGCUGUUGCUAUUUGAAUGUUUUGAGAAUCUCGCUAACUUUGCAAUAUCUUGACAGGGACGAAACAUUUGUUGAGAAAAAAGGGCUUAUAAAUUGUUAUUAUCUUUUUUUGUUUUACUUCAAAAUGAAAUAAUUAGACGAUUUUUUGGUGAAAAACGGUGACGAGAGUAUUCUUAUAGCCAGGGUCUUAAAAAUGUUAGCUAGUUGAAUUGAAAACUUUAUGCUAAAAGACCUGUGAACUAAGUAUAAAGCCAUCUAUAGGAGUGGAAUAAUUCUGCUAGCGUUUGUAUAUUUGUUUAGCCAAAGGCUUUCAAUAUAUUUUUUUCAAAAAUAUAGUCCCACAUAUUUGUUGCUUAAAUUAGAAAAAAAAAAGUUCUAAAGGAAUUGACAUUGCGGGUUGAUGGGAGUUAAAGCUGCUUCGUGGCUUGCCCCAAACACAGCAACUGUUGAAGUAAUGUUUCCUUUGACUAAAAAUUUGUGAGUGUUUCAAGCAGAUCAGUACGUUGUAAAACAUUCUAACUGUGUACAAAUUAUUUCAUUGAGCACAUUCCGAGGCGCCGAAGGUUUUCUUUGGUGUAAACAACAGUUUGUCAUGGUCUUUCCGGAUGACUUUCUAAUCGCUUAUAAAGUUUCGCAUCGCGUAUGUUUUUAUCUUCCUUCAUGCAGUUUUCUAGUUCUUAGACCCAGUUCAAACGUCGAACUUUUGAGGAGGGCUCAUUAACUUUCUUCCCCUGAAAAUGUGGGGCUUACAUGAGGGAGAAGGCUUAUCCGUGAGAGGGUGGGCUUAAUAGAGGAUUUAAGGUAAUUCAAUAGAGGUUGCAGCGGUUUGGAAAUUGGCCAAAAAUAGGAGACGUCUGCACGCAGGCAAGCUGAUAUACGGUUUGUAUCAAUGUGUAACCAUCCAAAUGCAAGGUACUAUUAUCCAAUAAGGAACUUAGAGGAUCGACGACGAUCGCAACGAAACGUCGAAAAUCGAUAGGUCGCCAUUAACCAAGACUCGGAAAAAUUACCAUCACAAUUGUAUUAGAUAAAGAUGGAAAAUUGUCAUGAGAAAUGAAAUGACGCCAUUACCUAUUUUACUUGCAUCCAAAUCUUCGCACUGGCAAAUGUUCUUCCAAAAUAUUUUCUGCUACAACUUUUCGCGACCUGCAACUACAAACUUGUUUUGUUUUUUUUUUCUUCUUAUAGUCAAAGCAGGUUUGAUUCGUGGGUAGUAAAGAGUGCAAAUCGCUCUACAACUAUUUAGCAUAACAAUGUUUCAAAACGUUUUUGCUGCCCUUUUAAAUGUAGUUAAAAACCCGAGAGGGUUACAAUUAUUAUUUCAAAAAUUGAACAGAUUAAAGUACAAAACAAAACAACUAGAACAAAACUACUAGACAACAAAAAACUACUUUCGUGUUACACCAGUACAUUUAAUUCUGGUUGCUGAUUACUAGAUUUGCAACCUUCGUAGAUAAUCUCCCUUGAUACACCUUUGGAAAGUUUUUCCCACUUCAACUCUCUAGUUUGGACAUGGACCAAGAAAGUGCAACUUAUUUUGCUACAUUGCUGGAUGCAUGUGCAAAACCAGUUGCAUGUCUUUUCGUUGCCCGAUUCACCGUUGCUUUAGUUGUGGUUGAAUUUUGUGCCAAGGAUUAACUUUUAUCCAAAACAAUAAUUACAUAUUAAUGAUAAGAUAGAAUAUGUUUUAAUUCUAAAGAGUCCGUUAAAGUAAACAUUUACUGUUGUAACUUCAGCUCUAAUUCCUUCCGAUGAAGACUCUUGUUGGCAUCUGCUAUAUAUAAAUCGAAUUCUUUUCUUAUUUUUUCAAACUGUGAUUUUAGUCCUUUGCAGUUGUUUAUGUUCAAUUUUUGCAUUGGGUACAGAUAAUUACUUUGUAAUUUUUAUAUUGUUGCACUUGUUUUUAUUGGCUGGACAACCAAGGCUCUAUAGCGGACACGAAGAAGGUGUCAGGGGCCGUAAAGAGACCGCAGCAAAUUAGAGUCUUGUGGCCAACCACAGAAGAAUUGAGUUUGCUCUAAGCAGGUGGUCUAUCUCUGGCCAGUUUAAAAGGAAAAAAUGCAACAAUGUUAUAUUAGUCAGGGGAGAAUUGUAAUCUUAGAGUGAGUUUCUUCAGGCCAGUUAAACAGAGGUAAAGUCUUUUUAAAAAGUUUUUUGGUGAUAUCCGUGGCUAGAUCUCCUCAAAAAGAAAUUCUUUUAACACUUUGGAAAUUAUUUCCACCCAGCCUCCGACCAUCAAUUUAGUAACAUUUUGUUUUUUCGUCCUCAGAUUAAACAGCUUGAAAUCCUCUUCGCAUUCCGAGUUCAGUAUGAAAAGAACCACACAAGAAAAGUUGAGGGAGCAUCUCUGUAUUGACAAAGAGAAAAGCAUCAGCAAAAUCACCAUAGCGGGCGUAGGAAAAGUAGGCAGCGCGUGCGCGUACAGUAUUAUGCAGCAGGUAAUGCCAUCUCUUAUAAACAUAGAUUUUAACCCGUUGUCGACCGCUUUGGUCGUUUUCGUUCCAAAAGCAUUGAUGUAUAUUUUCUACAGGGAACUAUUUAAUUUUCAGUUUAAGCUAUUAAGAUGGUAAGCAAUAAAUUUAGCACAAGAAUAGAUCUCUCCACAGUUACCACAUUUUAAAAAUUCUGACCAAUCCUGACAGAGUUAAACACGAAAAAAAAAGCAACUAAGCGACAUUUUAGGGAAAAAUCCACUGCCAACCUCGCUAUUCACCUACUACUACACCUAGUACUCUUUGCAGAUUAAAUUUGUCUCUUCCAAGAAAGUAUUACAUGGGAAAGAAGGACGAUAAAGUGGCCAACAAAAAGGGUUCUGCGUAGUGUGAAAAGAUAGACAAAAGGGGAAAAGAGGGCGAGAAAGAAAGAUCGAAAUAGAUUCGCAAAAAAAGGCCAAAACUUGCCUCAUGCGAAAUCACGAAAAAAAAGCUUCUUAAGGUGGCUCGACUGGAGCUUUUAGGCAGUAUAGCUCCUCACUUUGAGCGUUUACCACGUCGACAUUAACACAGAUAUCGGAACAAGUUUACCACAGCUGCACUGUAUAAAGAUGAAAAAUUGUUAUGAUCCAUGUUUUAUAUGACAUCAGAGUUACCAUGACAGCAUAAUGGCGCCAUUACGUCUUUUACUUGCCUUUGUAUUUCUCGGUACUUGGAUUUUUUUUCACAAAUCGCUUAAGGGAGCUUGUGCCUCCCUUAGUUGCCUCGGUUAUGGCAAAGUUUGAACAAAUUCUAUGAGAGCGUUUUGGAAAUAUUUUGAAACAAAGUUUUAAGGGUUAUUGAAAGAGUAAAUAAACAUGCUAUUACAUAAUUAGGUAAUAUCUAAAGAAAAUGAAGAGGUCUGGAAAUGCAGUUUCAUCUCAUAGUGGUUUGAUUCAAUCUGAAACUUAGUACGAAAAAAGAGAGGGAUUGCUUCGGCCGAUUGCAAGAAAGAGGAGUUUGAUUAUAAAACCAUUGAUUUCAGCUACGAUUUCAAACAGUGCCUGAAAGCUUGGUGCGAGUUCAUAGAGAUUAGUCACUGCGAAACCAUUGUUUCGAAAAUGCUGGAAUUUGUUAAGCGAUUUAUCGACGAUAGCUGACGUGAUAAGUGUUAGCAUCGCACGCCGCGUCUUACGAUAACGCUUGCUGUUAAGACGCUCUAAAACAAGUGAAAAAGAACAGCAGAAAAAGCUUUUUUUAUCAAAAGGAACAGGAAUCAGGAAAAAAAUUUAACCUUGGGCCUUCAUCAGCCGUUUCCAACUGGACUGGGCUAGCCCAGGGCUGGCCCAAAAAUCACAUGAGAUCGCCUGUUAAAAUUACAGCAAAAAUUGCACGAAAAAUCUCCUCAGUGUGAAAACUGGCCAUGGCAUUCAAGCAAUAGGCUCAAAGACUGCAUAGUUCUCUUUGGGCAUAGUCUUCUUGUAAAUGCACGACAUAGUCUUCCGCUGGUGGAUGUUGUUUUCCUCUAGCCUGUAAAUGACGUCUGACACAGGCCAGUGUUUUACUUUCCGAAUUACACAGCAAGAAUAAUCUCAAAAUCAGUUCACUUUGAACUGUUUGAUUCCUGAAACCUCCAAUCAUAAUUUUUUCAGCCCGAAAUCAGAAACGUUUGAUUCCGUAAUCAUAUUUUGCCCGCGAACGUGCGAAAGAGGUGCAACUCUUGAUGAAUUAUAAAUUUCCCAGUGUAGGAGUUUAAUUGCUAGUCAAACGUUGACUGAAUAGGAAAAAACAAGAGCGGAAGGCGAGUGCUUGAAAAUUAAUGUAAUGUUCUUCAUUUUGAUUUCUAGGAUAUAUGCCAAGAACUGGUUUUAAUUGGUAGACGCCAGGACAGCCUUAAAGGAGAGAUGAUGGACUUACAGCACGGUUUGCGGUUUGUCGAGGAAACGUGCAUCCGCGCUAGUACUGGUAAAUAAUAGUCUGAAAAAGGAAAAAGCUCGAAAAUACAGAAUUGUCGAAUUCAUUCUACUGACAAAAGUGGAGUUGUGUGUGGCAGAGCAGUUUUACUCUGCCACACACACAUCAAAACACCUCCAACUCCGGAUCUGGAGUUCGGGAUUCAAGCCUCGCCCGUCGCGUUGUUUCCUCAGAGAAGGACCUCUACUCCACUUUGUUUCUCUUCAACCAGGUGUAUACCGGCGACAUACUGCUGGGGGGUAACCCUGCGAUGGACUGGCAUCCCGUCUAGGGGGGAGAAGCAAUACUCCUAGGUAUGCUUCGUGCUAAGGAAACCGGGAUAAGCUCCGGCCAUUAUAUUUGGGCCUUUGGCUCGGGUGCCCUUUACCUUUACCUUAUACUACUAGAAAUCGUGCCUCGAAAACGGCUCCUGAUUAGCUGAAUAUUUGCUUCAACCAAUCAGAAACACUAUCCUGAGAUAGGUAGCUGCGUACUCGCCACUUGUUACCAACUUGUCAUUGAAGUCAUUUCGCGGGAAACCAGCCGGUCGCGUCUCAAAAUGUCGGCUGUUUUCUCAGGCUAAUUAGAGAACGCGCUCUUCUUCACUUGUGUCAGAGGGAUUAUUUUGAGUCCUGUUUGAUUUCUUUCUUCAUAUUUUAGAUUACGCUUUCAGUGCCAACUCAAACCUGUGCAUAGUAACAGCGGGUGAACGUCAGAAAGAGGGAGAGAGUAGAAGAGAUCUGUUGCUGAGAAACUUUGAGAUUUUCAAAGGUAGAUUUCUUCAUCUUGAAUGCUAGCAUGUAGUAGAUAGACAACUAACGAAAUACUGGCCAGCGAAUACAACCGUUUCUCACCACUAAAAUGAGCGAGGAGGGACGGCUGUAUUCAAAGGCUAAAUCGUCGUGGAAAACACACAACCACUUCCUUUUUUCAAAGUCGAAGGCUUCUCGGCGGAAAAUUUGUAUACCCGCUGGCUGAGAGGGUUUAGAACUUAGCUCAUGGACAUGGAAAGUAAUGUUCAUAGGGCGGGAACCAACACUCACAACCAGUGAGUGCGGUUUUUCUGUUUAACCCAAGAAAAAAUCCUUUUCUGGAGUUUGAAUUCUUAUUUGGACUUCAAAUCCUUUUUAGGUACUGUAUUAAAUAAUGUUAUAGCAUAUUGUAUCCUCCUCGCUUCCGCAGGAGUCAAUAGGGACCCUACGAUCCGACAAAGGCGACGUCCAUAAAAAAACGUCGCUGGGGAAACAUAGACUCAGCAUCCUUUCGGACCAUUUGGCCAUUAUUCAAGUCGCCCAGUUACUUAAAAGAAGGGAAUUUAUUUUGGAGAUGAAGAGAGGAGACCGCGCACGAGUUCAGACAAAGAUGGUAGAAUCUAUCGUCUUGCCGUUCCCGUACUCAAGUAAACUCAAAAACUGGUCAUUUAAACGCCGUGGUUGUGCAGGAACGGCAAAGAAAUGUACUAAAAAGCGUGAUGCACGUGCAGAUUUGUUGUUUUGCUCAUUAAACCUAUUGCUUUUUGACGUUCCCGUUGCCGUCGUCGUCGUGGUUUCGUAAGGUCCCUACUGUUCUGUUUUAGAGGACGGGUGGGAGAUUGGGGAGAGAACGGGGAGGGAAACUCCUGCUCUUUUUUCUCCUUUUCUCGUUCUCAGUAAAAAGGAGUAGCCUGUGGUGGAGGCUAAGUUUAUUGCAACCACCUGAUAGUUAAGUCGAUUUUCAAGCGUGGAAAAACGUGCAACCACACGACGGACCUGUUAAAGUCAGCAAAUACUAGAAAUAAUUGCAUAUACACAUUGCGGACCUAUAACUGUAUUGCAAGAUUACGUACGUGGUCGCUGUCGUUGCCAUUUUUAACAGUCGAUGCCACCAGUGAUAACCAACCCUUAAUUAAGUCAUGAUAGAAGUAAUAUAUUCCCUGGAUUAAGUUACAAUAAAGCAAAACCGACAGCGGCUAAUGCGCGUUCAGUCCUUUCCGAGCGCACCCACCUUCGGGUCAUGUCACGACAGUUUCGUUGAAAAGCCGAGACCGGUUCUUUUAUUAUUCAUCGUGGGUUUAGCACAUUGUUUUAGCUCGUCUGGUAUUGAAAAAAGAGAGAAGUAAAAUAACUGAAAUAAUUUGAUGGCAAUUUGGUUUAACGUUUAUGAUUUUACAGAUAUCAUUCCAAAGUUGGUAAAGCACAGUCCCAAUACCGUACUGCUGAUUGUUUCCAACCCAGGUAAGAGAAUAAAAGCUAGGGACCUACAUAGUGCUCACUGUGGUCAUGAAGACUUGAACAGUUCUUAAACAGUUCCAAACGUUAUUUCAAAGAAAAAGGGAUAUCCUAAGCGUGAAAACGAGCGAAGCUUGUUAAGAUUCUUUCAACGUGAGUUACUAACACCCAGGUAAUUAAAAGUCUUUCCAGGAAGUCCUGUGUUGUUUUCUGCGGUUUAGUUUUCGUUUCCUCUGGCUGCAUGUCUUUCCUACAGUUGCCGUCCUCCGAAUUUCUUACCGGUUUCCAACAAAAGAGAAACGAGCGCACAUACCUGUGAAAGAUCGUGUGUCGUUCCUCCGCGUCGUUCCUCGUGCGAUAGAACUAACUGAACAGUCACUCGUGUAGUCCCAACACGCUCAAUCAAGUUAAGGGUUGUACCAUUUGCUCCUCGUUUGUUUCAGUUGUGGUAGUUUUAUGUAAAAUUUAUAUUUUUACUGUUUAAAAAUGUGCAUAUUUAUCUUGGAAAAUUAAUAUCUUGUGUACAGUCCGGCUUACCGCGAUUAGUCCUUCGCAUUUUGCAAGCCAGCCUUAUCUGUAAUAACUAUGUAAAAAGGAAGGGUGAAUUAAGCGUGAAGUGUGAAUAAAGUGUUACGUGUAAACUGCUAUUCUUGAUCACCAGCCACUGUUUGGAAAUGAGCCUGCGGAACAAAGAGGAAUUAAGUCCACCUUAAGGUUGCACACGACGUGACACUGUAUGUAUAAGACUCUCACGACUACUGCGACUCCUGAAUUCACCAGUAUAGCACUAUUUGUUUUAUUGUUAUGCUUUAGUUGAGGUCUUGACGUACGUGGCGUGGAAAAUCAGCGGUCUUCCAGCUGAUCGUGUGAUAGGAAGUGGAACCAAUCUGGACACAGCUCGGUUUCAUUUUUUGAUCGGCGAAAAGCUAAACAUCCCACCAAACAGUGUGCACGGCUGGAUCAUCGGAGAACAUGGCGACUCUAGUGGUACGUAAAGGAUGAAUCGCAAGUCACUCCCUCCCGGGGCCGUUUUUAACGCGGUUAAGCCAUCCCUCUCUCCACCCCGCUGCUAACCACAACACCCACAGACUAGUCCCAGCACUACCUUUACCAUAACCUUUCUUGAACUUGAGAGUACUUCAAAGAUCGACCAUUGGCUUAUUCUGCCUCACAAUACGAGCAGUCUCUCAUUUCCCUCGGGGAGAAUAGAUCGCAGUAGAUAUGCGAAGCAAAUACGCGAACGCCGGUGGAAAUUGCCUCCAUCUAGAGAGUUAACUCGCGUAAUCGCACUUAGGCGCUCUUAGAAAAAAACGCGAGAUCACCUUGUCAACAUUCCUCGCGGGUGCCAGUUUCACCCACGCUCGUAUAUUUUUUUCUCUCGACAAAUGAGGGACUACAUUUACCCUAAGUAAAUGUAAGAUCGCUCAAUCUGCAAAGUACCCAAGUUUGAGUGCUCCGCCCAUGUUCUCGAUUUGUUUCCAAAUGAAACCUUUUCACCACCUCGCCCGCCUGGCUCUUAGGAAAGAAAGACGACUGCUCGCGAUCUAAUUUUUCGAUUGACAGAAUCCCGAUUCAGGGGAAUUGUCGUAAAAAGAAUCUUUUUGCUGCUGUCUUUAUAUAGUGCCUGUUUGGAGUGGCGUGCAUAUUGACGGCGUGAUGCUCAAGGAUCUCAACCCACAGAUAGGCACAGAAUCGGACCGUGAAAACUGGAACGAGAUUCACAAGAAAGUUAUUAUGAGGUAAAGUCGUAGAAUUUGUUAUAACCAUCCUACAUUCAAUUUUCAGCUUUAAGUUGCUGCUAAUCAAUUAAUUGUAGCCUCCAUUCAUCGCGAGUUCAUAGCGCGCGUAGUGCAUGUUCAUCGCGUUCAAGGACGCGCGUCUUAAUUUCCCUUCAAACGCCCGCGAGAAGUGCCGUGAACCAUUGCCUUUCGUUAUAGUACAAAACAGAAGCCGGUAACCUAUAUGCUUCUGUACAAAACUAAUGAAUUGUAGCUGGCGUGGAUGCGCCUCCAUUGUGUUCUCGCGCGCUUUUAAUUAAGUUCCUCUUCAAACGAGGUUAGUUAUAAGUACAGCGGACUAAACUCAGAGAGCCGAUUAUUAAAUCAAAGACAAACUCAGACUUUUAAUUAUUUACUCUUUCCACAGCAAUUCAGUUUUGUCUCAUGGCGGGAAAGGACACCUCAUUUGCAUGUGUUCACGUGAACAUUCGAAAAUAAACUCCAUAGUCCAUGAUCGAUUGUUAAAGCUGACCUUUUUUCCUAUUUAGUGCAUAUGAAGUGAUUAAACUCAAGGGCUACACUUCCUGGGCAGUUGGUCUCAGUGUCGCUAACAUUAGCAAGGCGUUACUAGGAAAUAUGGCGAACGUCCAGGCCGUCUCCACCAUCGCAAAGGUAACUGACUUUAUUUCUUUUUCUCAUCACAAAAGUUAGCACGCUUAUUUCCGUUGAAGGAGUUAAAACCCUCUCCCGAUUGCUAAAUGAUACAAUUCCCAAGAUUUCAAUACCUUGGGUCAGCAUUCAUCUAAUAAUGAUAACCAAUAACUUGUUUUCGUCACUACGAAAUUCUUGCUAAAACUCGUAGUAGACUGGCGACAGCUACCACAUUUUCCCGCCAAAAUGACGUUAGUUGGCGCGCGUGCCCAGUUUUUUUCCAGCCUCUUUUUCUAAACGAGACAAGUGUGCAUUGGAGCUUUACGUUUCUUAUCAUACUUUUACUGCUGCUUUUCCUUUUGAAGUGACGAAUCAUUCGAGAUUCGGGCAUUAACUUUUAAUUACGGCAGUACAUUUAUUUGUUUUAACAUUCCUUUACAUUUUUCAAAUACAACUUUAGUCAAAAUAUCAAAAGCUGUCACCGUCAGCGUGGACAAUUCUCUCUUAAUGUCAAAGAUACGUUAUUUGAUUUAGUCCCCAUGUCUAUGAUACGGUUCUGAAUUGCGGCCUCUAAGCUCUCUCUUUUUUUCCCGUUCCAUGAUAGUAUCGAAAUGCCUGAGAUUAUUCUCGUCCCCAGAGCCCGUCGUUUCUUUUGGUCACGUGGCCGAAUUUAUGUGGUGGAUGUAUGUUAAGGCGUUACUCAUUAACCAUUCCUAUUUUUUCUUAGGGAUUUUACGGGAUCAAGGAAGAAGUUUUCUUGAGUUUGCCCUGCGUUCUUGGCCCCCAUGGGGUCAAGUCAGUUGUGAGCCAGCAGCUAGAUGAAAACGAGGUUAACCAAAUACAGGGAUGCGCGCGCAUCAUGCAAGAGCUGCAGCAAUCUUUGGUGUUUUAAUUGAGUUCGAGAUAAAGCAGGAAAAAGGAUAAUAAGCACAUGUGUGACUUUUUUCUUGCCGAGGAACAAGAAAUUGAAAUAGUUUCAAUAUUUCGUUUUCAUUACACGUUUUCACGGCCAUAUGUACUGGAAGAUCUUAGCAAAAAACCUUUGGUUUCAGCAAGACGGCUCCUACAAGGGCCUAGGACUAGAUAAUCAUCUGGGGCAAUCCUUUGUUUUUUGUCGAGAAAUUGCGUCGGAUUAAAUCAAUUAGACGUUGGUCAGUUAAUAUAAGAUCAAAAUGAUAGAUAGAAAUGUGGGAAUGAUAUUGCUGCGCACCGUCAAGUCCACAAACAACGUAAACAAUAAAGAAGUCCGAAGGGCUUCAUAACAAUCCCACUCUAUUAACUAUAGUGAAAUGAAUAAAAUAUAACUUCAAAAGC